CUUCCUCCUCCGCAGGUUCUAGAGCACUCCAGACCCCCGCCGCCGCCGAGCGGUCCCUCCGUCUCCACCACACCAAGCCACGGCCGACCAAGGCGAGGAGAGACCAACCAAACCAAAGAGAGCACUACAAAAGGAGGAGGGAGAGAGCCAGAAGCUCUACCACGUUCGACCACGCACGCACGCACGCACGCCUGAAGAAUCAAUCUCGCAGCUCCAGCAGCGGCGGCGCCUCUCCGGCGGCAUGGCCAAGGAAGGAGCAGGAGGAGGGCCCGACUGGAACGGCCUGCUCAAGUGGAGCCUCGCCCACGGCAGCGACGGCACCAACCCGCCCCGCGCGCUCAGCGAGGAGGACAGGAAAUGGUUUAUGGAGGCGAUGCAGGCAAAUACAGUCGAUGUUGUUGGCAGGAUGAAGGAGAUUGCCCAGGUGAUGAAAACCCCUGAUGAUGUGUUGCAGUCUCAUGGCGUCACUCCAGAGAACAUUGAAGGUACCUUCACAGAUAUGCUUGAUGAGUUACAAGAGCAUGUGGAAUCCAUUGAUAUGGCAAAUGAUCUUCAUUCUAUUGGUGGACUAGAUCCUCUACUUGGUUACUUAAAAAAUUCACAUGCUGGCAUCCGAGCAAAGGCAGCAGAAGUUGUGAGUACGGUUGUUCAGAAUAACCCGAAAAGCCAGCAACUUGUCAUGGAAUCUAAUGGACUGGAGCCACUAUUGACAAACUUCAGGUCUGAUCCUAGCACGACUGCGCGCACAAAAGCUCUUGGAGCUAUCUCUUCUCUGAUUCGCAAUAACCAAUCUGGUCUUGCUGCAUUUCGUCUAGGAAAUGGACAUGCUGCACUGAAAGAUGCACUUGGUUCUGAUGAUGCUAGACUUCAGAGGAAAGCUCUGCAUCUCACACAGUACCUGCUGAACAACAAGGCGGAUAGGAACGUUGCUGAAAAGAUUGGUCUUCCGAAUCAACUUAUACACCUCGCAUCCAGCGACGAUUCUGGAGUCCGGGAGGCUGCCCUGGGCGGCCUUCUAGAGCUGGCGCGUGACAAGACACCAGCUGCACGCAACGCUCUACCUGACCAAGACAAGCUGAAAGACGUCCUCAAGAGUCGAAUCGAAGGCAUCAGCGCCAUGGACGCAGACGACCUGCAAGCAGCCCGUGAGGAGCGGCAGCUGGUGGACUCCCUCUGGAAAGAGUGCUAUGGCGAGCCAUCUUCUCUAAGGGAGAAGGGCCUCGUGGUGCUCCCCGGGGAGGACGCGCCGCAGCAGCCGCCGCCAGAUGUCGUGGGGAAGAUGUUUGAGCCGCCACUCCGUGUGUGGGCUGUGCCGAGGCCUGCUCCAGCAGAGGACCCCGACUCUGGGAGCGGGAAGAAGGACCCACCCCUUCUGCUAGGACCGUGACCGUCUUCCAGCUCCAGUUGGUAGAACCAUCUCGGAAGCCUGGAGAGCAGGCAUGGUGGAAAUCUAGUGAUUCUGCGCGUACAACUCUGUAACUUUUAUUCGGUUGAGUUUGACAGAUGCUUGUGUUAUUAUCCUUUGCCUCUUAAGCGACGAUCUUUCUACA